AUGGCCACAACUGGAGACAAGCUCACCAGAGUGUCUACUGAAGCCGCUGAGGAGUUCGUGCAAUCCUUCUAUCCGGCGCUCAAUUCGAACCGUGCCAGAAUCGCCUCUUUUUACAGUCCUGCUAUAUCCACGAUCUUGUUCAACGGAAACCCUGUUGCCGAUGGAAAUGCCGUUCAGGAUAUUUUUGUCAACAAGAUGCCACCCACGCGUUACGAAGUUCAAACGUUCGAUUGCCAGAUCGUCAAUAAGGCGUAUCCCACCCCCACCGCCACUGGGUUGAAAACCCCGAAUCAGUUGACCAUCAGGGACAUGUCGAUAUUGGUUAUUGUCAGUGGAUACGUUCAAUUUGGAGCAGAGAUAGAUCAACCGCAGCGCGGGUUCAGUGAAACCUUUGUCCUGGUGCCUAGUUCGGGCGGAAAGAAUAAACACAGAAGUGGUUGGCUUAUUCAGAGUCAGAACUUCCGACUUGUUGUUUGA